UCACCCUUUUCCGACAUCUCCGCCAAAAAUGUACAAAAAGAACUCAUAAAGUUAACAGCUUCUUUGGUAUUUCCCUCAGUUGUCGGUUACUUGAAAACGUUCACACAAACAUAGCGAAGCCUUUAAACCUCACUUUUUUCUUUCAGCUGAAAAACUCAAUCAUUAUUAUUUAAGUUUGUAAAAUGCAUUUUCUCCAGGUCCCCCAUUUGCCAUUUUAGCCUAUCGUUUUGAAUGUUUGUCUUUAAUUUGCCCAUACAGACCCCACCUCGACCUCACCAUCAUCAACAUCUUCUAACUCUCUACUUUUUUACUCUCUCUCUCUCUCUCAAAAGAAAGCCCCACCUAGCUGUACUCAACUCAAUAGUUUUAUGUGUGAACACAUCUUCUCAAAAAAAUAGCCCUCCAAUUUUUUUUCAACAUUUAUGGUAUUCCAAGACUUGCUUUUUUUAUUUAUUUUUUAUUUUCCAAGACUUGUUCAUCCAAAGAUUGGAUUUUUCUGUACACGCACUAGUAGUUCUUUAGUUUAAAGCAGAUAUGAGUGAAAACCCAUCGCCCAGAAUCAUCAACACAAUGACCCACUUGAAGAUUUUCAAGAAAUUCAAGGGGUUUAAGCCUUUUGAGCCUUCACCAGGUGUUCUUGGCUGUUUCUUUUUCACUGUUUGCUUAUUCUUGUGUCUCUUCUUGUUGGAUUACAGAACAGUGAACAGAGGGCCUCGGUUGCAUCAGCCAUCCUUGUUUGCUACUUGGAUUGGAAUAAAUGGAUCCUCUUUGUCGUAUAACAAGAGUGAAAAGGUUGCUUUUUUGGAAAAAAGUGCAGAAAGUUGUGAUAUUUUCGAUGGAAAUUGGGUUUGGGAUGAAAGUUAUCCACUUUAUGAAUCAAAGGAUUGUAAGUUCUUGGAUGAAGGAUUUCGUUGUUCUGAGAAUGGUAGGCCUGACAAUUUCUAUACUAAAUGGCGUUGGCAACCUAAAGAUUGCAACUUGCCCAGAUUCGAUGCAAAAAUUAUGUUAGAAAAGUUGCGAAACAGACGGGUUGUAUUUGUUGGGGAUUCAAUUGGAAGAAACCAGUGGGAGUCUCUACUCUGCAUGUUAUCUUCUGCAGUUCCUGAUAAAAGCAAGAUAUAUGAAGUUAAUGGAAAUCCUAUCACGAAGCACAUGGGUUUUCUGAUUUUUAAGUUCAAGGAUUUCAACUGCACUAUUGAGUACUAUAGAGCUCCAUUCCUAGUGUUUCAAGGUCGUCCACCUUCAGGGGCUCCCCGAAAUGUUAAAUUGACUUUGAGACUGGAUCAAAUGGAUUGGAGCUCUGCUCAAUGGAAAGGAGCUGAUGUUUUGGUAUUCAACAGUGGUCACUGGUGGAUUUAUGAAAAAACUAUUAGAGAGGGAUGUUACUUUCAACAAGGUGGAGAAGUUGAUAUGACCAUGAGUAUUGAGAUUGCAUACCGGAGGUCAAUUUCGACAUUGGUUGAUUGGAUAGGUCAUGAAGUGAAUAUGACCAAGACACAUGUCAUAUUUCGAACUUAUGCUCCUGUUCACUUCAGAGGUGGGGACUGGAAGACCGGCGGUAAUUGUCAUCUUGAGAAGCUACCUAACAUAGGAUCAUCCCAAGAGUCGCUGAAGACGUCAUUUGAAUAUAACACUGUGAUCAAUGUGCUGUCAGAGAAACAGAACAAAUCAAAAGCGUGGAAUUUGGAUUUAUUGAAUGUAACAGGGAUGUCAUUUCAGAGAAGAGACGGCCACUCAUCUUUGUAUUACUUAGGUCCCAAGGUUGGACCAUCUCCUCUCCACCGCCAAGACUGCAGCCACUGGUGCCUCCCUGGUGUCCCUGAUUCAUGGAACGAGCUUCUAUAUGCCAGCUUCCUCAAACGGGAGUUAGCUCGUGCAACUUUUUUCAAACAAACUUCUUGAUCGCCUGUAUGGCACAUAAAGAGAUCUUAUAACCAAGUGUCACCAUGUUGCCUCCCAACAUUUCAAAUGUUACACCUCAUACCCUAGUACACUUGCAGUCUCAUGGACUAUGACACACACAACUUGGAAAGGAAUCUCGAGUUGGAAAAACCUCAAAUUUUCUGCCAAUGGAGUGUGGAAUGUGCCGUUUUUCAAGAUAAAAGUUGGAUUUGUUAGGGGCAUUCUUCUCUGCUGAGCUGAUGACAUACAAUUUUUGCAGUUUGUAUACUUAGGAUUAUCCAGAAUCUCUUCACCAAAUUACUGAAAUGUACAUAGCAUUAUGUGUUGUAUAGCUGAAGAGAACAUUAAUCUUCUAUACAAAAUUCUGCGCAUUUGAUACAA